GCUAUCCACGUUGAGCAGUGCUUUACCAACUCGCGUGCUUGUCAGUCGUGUUCUCCUUUCUUGCUGUGGAGCCAGUUUUGGGAGUUAUACCCUUGCUAUCUUGUACCGUUCCGAAACCCGGAGGAUACUGAAGUGUUGCGCCAUUUGAAAGUGUGUCGUGAAAAUAUUGUGCUCAAAUAAACCAAUUAAACAAUGGCUUCCGCGUUGAAUGUAGUAUCGCCAAAUGUGCACUAUAGUGACAAAUAUAUCGAAGUGGAUUACCAGUAUCAAACGACAUCAGUUCUCAACGAAGGACCAUCAGGUUACACUGUGCGCCCAGAAACCACUGAACUGAGCAUUCGAACGGAACGCCAGGUACCCCGAUUGGGUCUCAUGCUCGUUGGAUGGGGCGGAAACAAUGGAUCCACCAUCACAGCUGCUCUGGAAGCCAACAAACGAGGCUUGGAAUGGAGAACCCGUACCGGAGUGCAAAAGGCCAACUGGUUCGGUUCAAUCACUCAGGCAUCCACCGUCCUGCUGGGAACGGAUGCUAAGGGGCAGGAUGUUCACAUUCCCAUGAAUAAGUUGGUCCCCAUGGUCAACCCGGACGAUAUCGUUGUUGAUGGGUGGGAUAUCAGUUCGAUGAACAUUGGCGAGGCUAUGAUCCGUGCUGGUGUAUUGGAGGUCGGUUUACAGGAUCAAGUUCAUAAGAAGUUAUCGCUUAUGAAACCCAGGCCUUCCAUAUACGAUCCCGACUUUAUAGCAGCCAAUCAGGCCGAUCGGGCUGACAACACCAUCCCUGGAACUCGAUACGAGCAGUACCAGCAGAUCGUUAAGGACAUUCGUGAGUUCAAGCGAACGUCUGGCGUCGAUAAGGUGGUAGUCUUAUGGACGGCCAACACGGAGCGGUUUGCAGAUGUUAAGAAGGGAUUGAAUACGACAAUGACCGAGUUGGAGAAGUCACUGAAGGAGAAUGAAUCGGAGAUCUCGCCGUCGACCAUUUUCGCAAUGGCCGCUAUUGCUGAGGGUUGCAUCUACAUCAAUGGAUCACCGCAGAAUACGUUUGUGCCUGGAGUUGUCGAGCUAGCUGAACAUCAUGGUGCAUUCAUCGCUGGCGAUGAUUUCAAGUCCGGUCAAACGAAGUUGAAAUCCGUGCUGGUCGAUUUUCUGGUUUCGGCCGGUAUCAAGCCGGUGUCGAUCGUAAGCUACAACCAUUUGGGAAACAACGAUGGAAAGAAUCUUUCCGCCCCACAGCAGUUCCGUUCGAAAGAGAUAUCCAAGAGUAAUGUAGUUGACGAUAUGGUUGCUUCUAACAACAUCUUGUACAAACCUGAUGAACAUCCUGAUCAUUGUGUCGUCAUCAAGUAUGUGCCCUAUGUCGGUGACAGCAAGCGAGCCAUGGACGAAUACACCAGCCAGAUUAUGCUCGGAGGACACAACACGUUGAUCAUCCACAAUACCUGCGAGGAUUCCCUGCUGGCGUCGCCGUUGAUCCUGGAUUUGGCCAUCCUGGGUGAGCUCUGCUCCCGGAUUCAGAUCAAGAAGAAGGACGAAUCCUCGGCGCAGUACGUUCCGUUCCGGUCGGUCCUGUCUCUGCUCAGUUACCUGUGCAAGGCACCGCUCGUCCCGGAAGGAACCCCCGUGGUCAACUCGCUAUUCCGACAGCGUACCGCCAUCGAGAACAUCCUGCGAGCUUGCGUUGGACUACCGCCGCUGAGUCACAUGUCUCUGGAGCAUCGGUUCAACGUUGAGGUAGCUUCCACCGAACCGCCGAUGAAGAAGGGAAAAAUCUCCAACGAAACCGUGACAAAACCCGUGUCGAACGGCGUUCAUACAAAUGGUACCUGUACCAAUGGAAACGGAGUUCACGACAUUGCUGACUAUUAGAUCCUGUAGAAGGAGGUAGUAGAGGUAUUGGUCAAGUUUAAUUUGAUCUGAGUACAGCAAAUUGUUUCGAACGUAGGUUACUCCAAAUCUGGAUAGUAUGGAAUAUUCCCAGCCAAAACAAAUCAACAUGUGUACAGUAGAAGAUGUCCGUUCCAAAGCCUGAUGGUAUCGAAAAUCAAGUAAAACAAAAUCUCGAAUCGUACAAUCGUGAUGGAAAUUCAAGGGAAAGCUUUUCUGUUCUCUUCAAAUGCAAGAAAUAGUUAUAGGUUUCGCAAUCGUACCAAAAGAACGGAAAAUUAAUUUGACUGAUAAAAUUGAACGUGAACGGAAGUGUCAAGGUAUUGAUAGUUCGUAUACCUUAAUUAACGUUUAUAGAAAUAAUCCCACAGCAACAAAUAAUAAACAUUCUGAAUCUAUUCCUGGAUGCCAACAAUCGACUUUAUAUUGGUUUUGAGCUGCACUACAGCGAUAUCGAUGAGUUUUGUCCAAAGCUCUGAUAUCGGGAUAGUGUCAAGAUAAGUGUAAAACAGAAAUACUAAACAUUUUGACGUGUAAUUUAGCGAAUAUUAUCAUUUCUAUACAGGAUGUAAGUAUAUGAGAAAAUAUAGCCGAUAAGAAUAAAA